GCAACAUUGUUCCUUCUCUGCUGGCUCUCCCGCUCUCUCUUUUUCUCUUCGUUCACCCUGCACCCAGCGAUAUAUUAUAUAUGAGGGUUGCUGAGCUUUGCGAAUUCAGUUGAUCACCCGAAAAUGAGCCAGUCACAUAGAGUCUCUCGGCUUUCCAGUGAUUUCAGUAUUGCACGUAUUUUGGCCACGGACGGUGAAACAAAGGCACGAGAAUUCUUUGGCGUUGUGCACCAGCAUGUUCCAUACGUCGGUGACAGCAAACAAAACCGUCUGGAGGAUACCGAGACCACGGAGUAUUCAGUGCCACGGUCAACCGUGGGUUCUAGACUCCAUGAAGACAAUUGUCCUCGAUCGCAGUUUACGUCCUCCGAUACUUCGUGCUCUUCGAAUACAAAUCUGUCGCAAAGCAUCUCACCGGCUGAUCACUCCGCGGAGAAUGUGAAAUUCGAAAAAAACGAACUUUCUUGGCUCCAAUGCACCAGGUACAGACCACCGAAAUUACCGCGAAAAUCUUCCAGCGCGAAAACUGGAAAGAGAAGACCCGGCGCACAUCCCAGAAUUCCAUUCACCAGCCUUCAAAUACAAAUACUUGAAGAAAAAUAUCGGUCCACUGCUUAUCUUUCACGGAGGGAUGUUGUACAUUUGUCUACGAGCUUGAGAUUGCCUCAAAGUCGCGUUAAAAUUUGGUUUCAAAAUCGCCGUGCGAGGGACAGAAGAGAGACUGGAAUAGUCGGUAACAACGUAACAAUCGUGUCGGAGGACGGAUCGUUAGCACAUAAAUCAUCGAAUUCGUCGAUCGAUGAAUCUUCAUCGACGAAUCCUUUAUGAAUUAUUAAUCCUCGUAAUUUGA